CGGAGCUCAAUAAAAUGGAUAUGGUCAUAGGCCUUGUCAAAGGGAGCUCCUUUGGUGGGAGCUAACAAUGGCUCCUCUCUUUCCCCUCCUCCUCAUUUUCCUCCUACCCAGUUGCUAUUCUUUGCCCUUGUGCACGGAUUCGAGGUACCCCGUGGCGUUGAAUGCGCCGCUGACGUUCUGCGGCUUCGCCAAUGGGAGCAGCAGCUGCUGCAACACUACGAACGACGACGCAAUCGCGAGCCAGUUCAAGAGCAUGAACAUCUCGGACUCCGCCUGCGCCUCCGUCGUCAAAUCGAUCCUCUGUGCGAAAUGUAAUCCAUAUUCCGGCGACUUAUUCAACGUCCAGCCUAACGUUCGGACAGUUCCUUUCUUGUGCAACUCAACCGUUUCAUCAAACAAUUUCUGCACCACUGUUUGGAACAGUUGCAAGGACGUAACAAUAAAAGAUUCUCCCUUCUCCCAAAUAACUCCUGGAUCUUCAUCUAAGCUCACCGACACUUACAAAACCGAGGGCGACUUUUGUGCGGCGAACAGCGGCUCGUCCGGCGGCCAGUUAGUGUGCUUCGACGGUUCGUCAGCUUCGUUCAAUUCGGCUCAAACUUCUCUCCCUCCGAACGGUUUGUGUCUCGAAAGGAUCGAUAACGGCACGUACAUCAACAUGGUUCCUCACCCCGACAGAUCGAACCGCGUCUUCGUGAGCAACCAAGCCGGCAAGAUAUGGCUGGCAGCUGUUCCUGACCCAGCAUCAUCAGGAGGAAAGCUGCAGUACGACGAAGCAGACCCGUUUCUCGAUCUGUCGGACGUCGUUCACUUCGACAACGAGUUCGGACUGCUCGGUCUCGCGUUUCAUCCCAGCUUCCCGACGAACGGGCGUUUCUUCGUCUCGUACAGUUGCGAUAGUUCUCAGUCGCCGUCCAGCUGUUCGGGGAGGUGUUCAUGCAAUUCCGACAGCAACUGCGAUCCUUCGAAACUCGGGACAGAUAAUGGUGCUCAGCCAUGCCAGUUCUUCAGCGUCAUCGCGGAAUAUUCUGCGAAUAGUUCCUCGUCGACGCCUUCUGAAGCGAAAACAGCGAGGCCGAUCGAGGUGCGAAGGAUCUUUACGGUGGGGCUUCCGUAUACAACUCAUCACGGGGGGCAAAUUCUUUUCGGACCAGCUGACGGUUAUCUAUACUUCAUGAUGGGAGACGGCGGGAACGACGGAGAUCCUUUCAACUUCGCGCAGAACAAACGCUCCGUUCUCGGAAAGAUUUUGCGACUUGACGUCGAUAACAUGCCAAGUUCAAAUAGUGUAAAUAACGUAACAUUGUGGGGAAAUUACUCGAUUCCGAAGGAUAAUCCGUCUACUGAAGAUAGUGGACUCCUCCCUGAGAUUUGGGCAUUUGGUUUCAAAAAUCCGUGGCGGUGCAGCUUUGAUUCAGGAAGGCCAUCUUAUUUCUUCUGUGGAGAUGUUGGCCAGGAAUCAUAUGAAGAAAUAGAUCUGGUGACAAAGGGCGGAAACUACGGAUGGCGUGUUUAUGAAGGUUUCAAUCUCUAUACUCCUCCAUGGAGUCCGGGAGGGAACACAUCAGUUAGCUCCAUAAACCCCAUUUUUCCUGUCAUGGGCUAUUAUCACACAAAUAUAUCAAAAGUGGGAUCUGCGUCGGUCACCGGCGGUUUUGUGUAUCGGUCAAUGACCGAUCCGUGCUUGUAUGGAAGGUACAUAUAUGCCGAUCUCUAUGGAACCAUCUGGACAGGUUUAGAGACCCCCGAAGCGAGCGGAAACUAUACUAGCACAUUGAUUCCCUACAGCUGCUCCAAGAACUCUCCUAUUGCCUGUGACAUUGUGGCCGGAAGCACCUCUCCGUCACUAGGCUAUAUUUUCUCAUUUGCGGAGGAUAACCAGAAAGAUAUUUACCUCUUAACAGGCAAAGGCGUCUAUAGAGUUGUUCCGCCAAGCCUUUGCAACUACACUUGCUCGAAGGAGAUCAUCCCAGUAUCGCCCCCCGGUCCCCCGUCAUCGGGGUCGAAGCUAGAGAGUUUUUUGGGAGAAGUUUUGAUUUCUAUGUUGGCAUAUUUCGUGUUUUUGCUGAGCUUUUGCUUCUAAAUGAUUUUAGGAAGCAACUGUAUGGCAAUAACUUUGCAUUAUUAAUGGAAUGGUUAACGUCGAUUUAGGCAUUUGGUG